GCAGGUUCUACAUAUAGGAAAAGUAAAGAGGGAAGGCAACGUAGUGAUGAAAGCAAUGAAUAUAGCAAAUUCUCCUUUGUUUCUUCCACUUUUCUUCUUCUUCUUCACCAUAUCUCCUUUCCGCGCUUUGGGACAGCAAGCGGAUGGGAACACUCCACAUGGCAACGGGUUAGGGCGCAGAGUUCUUUUGAGUUUCAAAGAGAAGCCCUCAGGAAGUAACGUUUCCUUUGAAUGUGCUCCUUCUGGUCCAUGUGUCCCCUGCCUCUACUCCGAGAAGGGUGAUGAGAAAUACCGCUGCAGUGAGACUGGCUACCGAAUUCCAUUCAAAUGUUUAGAAAUUAAAGAUUCAACAAAGGACACAAAAAAAACAAAUUCUCAAAAAAGUCGGUCUUUUUUGGAAAUCUCUGAUAGUAUUGCAAAAUCUCAUGAAGUGUCACACAUUGCCGGAGAGUUCACUACUUCACAAUCACAUAGAAAUUUACUGGAUGAUUCAUCGUCUUCGGAUAAUAGUUCAGAGGCUUACAUCACUUAUAGAAGCUGUAUACCCCCAGUCAGUGAAGAGAAAUUAUCGGUGCUUAAUUUUGAGGGGCUGGUGAUUUUUUUGUUACUAAUUAGUGGAUCAAUCAUAUACCUGAGAAAAAAGAAGGCUGCUUCCGUGUCCGGUUAUGUAAGGGCUCAAACAAACUCUCGAUUUUGAAAUAGUAGCCUGGAGAAUGAUGAUAUUUUAUUCCAUAUUGAAUACUUUUUUUUUCCCUCUAAUUUUUUGUUCUGAUAGUGUAUGAUAUUUUAUUGUAAUAGGCCAAAUAUUGGAAUUUAGUGGCCUCCAAAUAUUCUUUGUAUUUUUGUAGUGUAGUUUUAACUGGACGCACAGUUGUCAUGGUGGUAUUCAUAAACCGUUGCAUUUUGAUGCCAUGUUGUUGAGUCAACUUUAGCUAAUUUAUU